AUGGACGUGCCUAAAAUGUGGGACUUGGAAGUUUUGGGCAUUACAGAUCCCAUAGAGAAGAUAAAUGAAAGCCUUCUUGAAGAAGAAACUUUGACCCAUUUUAAGGAAAGAAUUAGGAUCUGUGAAAAUCAAAGAUAUGAAGUGGCUUUACCAUGGCUAGCUGGACAUCCUGCUCUAUAUGAUAAAUACGACGCAGUAGAAUCCAGACUUCGUACAGCAACUAAGCGUUUGAUAAACGAAAAUUACUUUGAAGCCUACGAUAACGUAUUUAAACAGUGGGAGGCAGAAGGUAUUAUAGAAGCUGUUCCAAUAGAUCAGCUUGCCAAGGAAGUCCAUUACCUACCUCACAGACCCGUCAUUAAGCCAUCAAGCAAUACCAAAGGUUCGCCCAGUUUUCGACGCUUCGUUCAAAAAACCAGGAUUUGCCUCCUUGAAUGA